AUGCCUCCAAUGCAUAAUGGCGACAACAUGGGCCGGAGUAGCCUGCAGCCCGUCACCAGGGGGGUGCGCACCCUGACUCCGGGUUUCUACGUGCCAACAGUCUGCUUCUUUGAACCCGUCACCGAAGACGUCGACCUUACUACCACUUCAAAACAUGCCAUAAGACUAGCCCAGGCCGGCGUCACAGGCAUCACCGUCCAUGGCUCCAACGGAGAGGCCAUACAUCUAUCUUCUCAAGAGCGAAACUCCAUCACAGAAAAUACCCGUCAGGCUCUAGACAGCGCCGGCUAUGCCAGCAUGCCCCUAAUGGUUGGCUGCAGUGCCCAGUCAACGCGCGAGACCAUUCAGCUAUGUCGUGAUGCAUACGCAAGCGGGGGGGACUUCGCCCUUGUCCUCGCGCCCUCGUAUUACCGGGGCUUGUUCGAUGCAGACACGAUCAUGCAUUUCUUCACAGAUGUAGCUGACGCCUCUCCCAUUCCAAUCGUUAUAUAUAACUACCCUGUUGCUGCGUCAGGGCUGGAUUUGGAUUCAGACACGAUCACAGCCCUAAGCAAGCACCCCAAUAUCGUGGGCUGUAAGUUCACCUGUGGGAAUACGGGAAAACUCAACCGCGUCGCCACCGCACAGCGUCUACACAGUACAAAGCUAGCAAGCGCCAGCAAUGGCAAUGGCAACGGCAACAGCAACGGCAACAGCCACGGCAACGGAACCAGCAGUGCGGGCAGUACGUUCCUCUGCUUCGGAGGAUCAGGCGACUUUACGCUCCAGACCAUGAUCGGUGGGGGGUCCGGGAUUAUCGGAGGCAUUGCGAACCUGGCUCCCAAGACAUGCAUGCUGCUGCUAAACCUGUAUGCAGAGGGCAAGAUGCAAGAGGCCCGUGAGGUGCAGGACGUCCUCUCGCGCGGCGACUGGGCCGCCAUCAAGAGUGGUGUCGUUGGCAUCAAGUCCGCGAUGCAGUCCCAUUAUGGCUAUGGGGAAAAUGCACGGAGACCUCUUCCACGGCCGACGACGGAGGCCCGGGAUACGUAUGCGAUGCAGUUCAAGGAGCUAGCUGACUUUGAGAAGGCGUUGUAG